GUCAGUAUGAUUUUGUCUAGACGACGAGUGUAAACGACGCUCUCAACAGAAAAAUUCAUUAAAUAUCAAUAAUGAAAUGGUCGUAAAGAAAUAAGCUGAUGGGUGAGACUCGACUAACUGGCCUGUAUAAUGGAGACAGAAUCUGUAAGAUCAGAAUUGAGCAGCCGCUCUAGGCGGAGUUCAAGACAUAGGCAACAUACACAUAGAAGCACAAGAAGUUCUAAGUCACAAAGAAAAGACUGUAUAGAUAGUAGUAUGGCACCAUUCCAAACCAGUGUAAAUAUAAACCCUGAAAUUGGCCGGGAUGGUCAAGAAGUAAUAGAAGUUCAGAUACUGCCCCAAGAUGAGAAUUGGGGGGAGACCACUACAGCAGUAACUGGUAAUACAUCUGAAGGCUCAGGAUCAAUGGAGGAUGUUAGCAAUUGGCCUAUGGAAUCAGAUAAUGGACUUGGAUUUGUAUGCUCUAGAUAUUUUACCGCUACAGUGGGACUAGGGCUUUCAUUUGUUUCUUUUGUUAGCCCAUUAGCUAUGGUAGUGUUGCCAAAAAUAGGAUUUUUUCCUGGAUUAUCCGACAACAUUGCUAUUCAGCCAAGUCAAAGGAUACAGUUAUUAUCAUGUACUGGGGAAUGUAAAGGAAUUCUACUUUCUAUAGCAUUUAAAUUAGUUUUGUUAGCAAUUGGGGUGUGGGCAGUGUUUUUACGUCCAAGAAAUGCAGUAUUACCAAGAAUAUUUGUGUUUAGAGCGAUGAUGUUUGUUAUAUUAUCUGUGUGCACAUUUUCAUACUGGUUAUUCUAUAUUGUUCAAAUCACAGAGGCAACAAAAGCACUAGCCGUAGGUGAGGAAGCUGUUGACUACAAAUCACUUGUGUCAUAUGUCUCUAGUUUUGCUGAUACACUGCUUUUUAUACAUUAUACAGCUGUAGUUUUAAUGGAAAUUAGACAUCUAGAACCAGUGUAUUAUAUUAAGAUAGUAAGAAGCCCUGAUGGUGAAAGUAGGUCCUAUUCAAUUGGACAGUUAAGUAUUCAGAGAGCUGCAGUAUGGGUAUUACAGAAAUAUUACACGGAGUUCCCAAUUUACAACCCAUAUUUAGAGAAGAUACCAAUAUCUAAGUCACAGAGAAAAGCAGCUUCGAGUAUUAAGUUUUAUGAAGUUGAUUCAACUACAAAUGCAUCUACUGGACAGCCAAGAAGUGGGGCGGGCUCUUGUACUGGUAGUGCUGGACGUCGUCGAGAUUCGGGUUCUGCCCACAAUGAGCGAUAUUAUGAAGAAGCGGAAAGAGAAAGAAGAGUACGCAAGAGACGUGCUCGCUUGCACACUGCAGCUGAAGAUGCCUUUGCCCAUGUGAGAAGGGUGCGGUUGUCGGCUAACGGUGGCGCUUUAGGACCCCGUGAAGCUGCGCAGGCUGUGUUCCCGUCUCUUGCUCGUGCACUGCAAAAGUACCUCCGAGCUACAAGACAACAACCGAGACAUUCAGCUGACUCGGUACUAGCCCACCUCGCUCGUUGUUUAUCUCAAGACGCAUCUCCGCGUGCGUUUCUCGAACCAUUUUUAGUCGAAGGGCCGGUUUUGGCCGCUGAGCAAGAAGCACGCACAAUGCAGCGCUGGUCGCUGAUUUCUGACGAGCUGUUGGCCCGACCUUUAGCUGAUAACAUCGAAUUUCAGCUUCGUCAAGGCGAUAUUUCUCUCGUUUGUUCCAUAAAACAGCUGCCCAAAUUUAAUUUAAGCGAGGAAGUGGUCGAUCCGAAGAGCAACAGGUUUGUGUUAAGGCUCAAUAGCGAGACGUCCGUUUGACAGGAGGAGAUUUGCGUUAGAGAUGACAUGAGACUUGUAUGACAGUGAUGACGUAACUUAUUGAUGACGUCAUGAAUGACUAUAUUCCCAAAAGUAUUGAGUUAACACAAUAUUUAAGACUAAAAUAGGGUUAGUAAUGCCUAGACAAGACAUGAUUGGAACAGGAUAUACCGAACCAUUGUAUUUGUAGUUCGGUGUAGCCAGUUUAUUUUUAUAUUUUUUUUAUAUAAAUAUUCUGAUUUUUUAAUAUCAAGUAAGUGAAACGAUAUUUUUUAAUACUCAUAAAACAUUUGAAAUUAUUAUGAAUCUCAGUGAGUGCAUUGCUACUCUACACUCAUUGCUAUAGAUUUUUUUAUAUUUUAUUGCCAUUCUUAAAGACGUAUGGAUAGCAUUUAUACUCAAUGUAUAUUUUGUGUCAUAUUUUAGUUAUAGGCCUUAGACUUCAAGCACAAAUUACGUAAAGAGAAUAGACUUAAUUUACUUAGUAAUUAUAAAAUAAAACUACCUGAUAAUUAAUUAAUUAAAAAUACUCUAAUUGCACUCUACACUAAAAUGCUCUUUCGUUUCUAUCAAAUCUUUGAUGUUUUUAAUCUGUUGUGAAAAGAGACAUAUGAAUAUUGUUUAAUCUGUGCAAUUAGGCGCUUUACUUGGGCACGGAAAAUUUAAGAUAAGAUAUUAAUUUAAAGCGUGAUUUCAAAAAAUCGUCAAUUUAAUUUAUUUAAUUAUAAUUAAUUAUUGCGUAUUCUUUUCUUGGUAAUAAUAUUUAUUCGAAUGCAAAUGAAAAGUUUUGCUAAGCAUUUGUCUUAUUUGGGAACGAUCCCUUUGUCUGUUCUUUAUGUCUAUGGAACUUUAUACUAAGAAAUAUUUUCAGAAAAGUGCAAUCUGUUUAUAGAUAUAUUAUAUUCCAAAUCCUUUUUUGUAUGACAGUAGAUUUUUAAUUCUACGAUGUCACGACAGUAGUUAUAAAAGCAUGCACACUUUUAAAACAUAUAAUAUGUUAUGUAUAUUUUUAUUUAUAUAAUUUACAACAAAAAAUUACCGCCAUGUUACAUAUAUUAUAAGCUCAUAUCGUAGUACAUAAUUAUAUUUAUUAUAGCUAAGUUUACAUAGAUCAAUAUUUAACGUGUAAUUAAAGCAAAGGGAUUUAAAUACAAUAUAGCCGGAAACGUCAAAUAUCUUAAAUGUCAAAUCUUUUUGGCAUUAGGCGCCCUGAAUCGGACAUUUUAUGUCGCUAUUUAUUUUAGCAGUGUUAAACUAGUGGCUUCAGCGUGCGACCCUCGUCCCUGAGGCCGUAGGUUCGAACCACAUGCACCAAUACACUUUCUAUGUGUGCAUUUAAUAACCGCUCGAAGGGUGAAGGAAAACAUCGUGAGGAAGCCGGC